AAAUAAAAAUGCUGAUUUCUUGGUUAAGAAAAUGGAGCUUUUGGCCAGAAUCAUAGAAUUGGAACAAUCUGCAAAAGAGAAUGAAAAUAACACGAAGUUAAGAGAUGCUGAAAUCAAUGAGCUUAGAUCCAGAAUUUCGAAAUUAGAAUAG